AUGGAGUGCCGGUCACCGGACAUGUGGCGCGCGUCGUCUGCCGUCGACGUAGCCUCAGCCGUUGGGUUUCCGGAUUUCGGUGUCCGGGCGCUGGAUUGUGGCGAAGGUCGUGUGUCCGACUUUCCGGUGCUGCAGCCACAGCAGCAAAGGUUGUCAGCAACCGCCGUUCACAGUCCGUUUUCCGUGUAUGCCGAUCCCGUUUACGUUGAUUUCGAAAACGGCGACGGUGCCGUCGUCAUUAGCAGCGGCCAUCCGUCCUCCUUGGGCCAGGUCUACUUGGCCGUGUGGUUUCUAAACUCAACGGGUGGUUGUCGCGUUACGUCCUUGUCACGACACGAGAUAAUUUGCGUGCCGAACUCCACUACCACGGCCACCGUUCUCAACCAGCUUCGACGUAUCGUGGUGACCGUGGGUGGGUACGAGUGUGAUGUGCAGAAAAAGUCUAUCAACGCCUGGGACGACGGUAGAAGCGGUAGUCGGUCGCUGCUAUUCACUAGCGUCACUUUCUCCUGUUGCAGUGGAGUUGCCAUCGUUUCGGGGGCGGUGUUACUAUUCGCUGUAGGUGUCUUAUUAUUCCGUGUCAUUACAAAAAAUCGGUACGUAAUAAGCGCGGACACCUGA